CAGUCGUUUUUCCGCACGGCACACUCUCUUCGGUUACACCUCCAUCAUUCGUGAUUCAGCAAAAGGAAAAAAAAAGUAUCUUAAGUACAAGCAGUACAAGUUAUCGUUGGCUAUCGCCGGUCCGAGUCCGAGUGAACAUUCUCGAUCGAAAUAUCGUUGCGCGUACACACACAAAUCUUACGAAAAUGACCGUGAAAGCCGUUUGCGUUCUGCAGGGUGAUGUUAAGGGAACUGUUUACUUCGAACAAGCUGGAGAUUCAAAUCCCGUCAAGGUCACCGGUGAAGUAACCGGCUUGAAGAAAGGCCUGCAUGGCUUCCACAUUCACGAAUUCGGCGACAACACCAAUGGAUGUACAAGCGCCGGCCCUCACUUCAAUCCAUUGGGAAAAGAGCACGGUGGUCCCGAGGCCGUAGUUCGUCAUGUUGGAGAUCUGGGCAAUGUUCAAGCUGGCGAUGACGGCGUUGCCAAGGUUGACAUCAGCGAUAAACAGAUUCAACUGCAGGGUGCUCACAGCAUCAUUGGUAGAACUCUUGUGGUUCACGCCGACCCUGAUGAUUUGGGCAAGGGAGGUCACGAGCUUUCGAAAACAACGGGCAACGCGGGUGCUCGAUUGGCUUGUGGUGUAAUUGGAAUCACUAAGAAAGACUGAAUUCGCAGUCCCCUUUAAGUACCGUGCUGUGCAUGUAUGAUUCGGACAAAAAAAACUAUAAACGUAACACACCAGCGCUCUAUUCUAUUGCCCUUGAAGCCAUAGAUUUUGAAUAGUGGUUCCAAAGUGUACAAAAAAAGAGAAAAAUCAUUCCCAACAAAUUGUAAUUUCAAUAUAAUUGAUUGUAUGUA